ACACUCUCUUCCUCUCUCAGUCCUCAUCUGCACCUCGGCAGAGUAACAUGUUGUCUCGCCACAGCGUGGAGCUUUGUGCUGAGGGUGCCAGCUCCCCGACACCCUGACCUAUCGGAAAUGUGAAGCAAAAGCUGGACGGAAAGUCUCAUCUCCCUUCCUUGGAGCCCAAACAACCCUCUCUGACAGCAGCAGCAGGAGGAGGAAGAUUGCUUUUCACACUGUCCUGACUCAGUUUGUCACCUCCAGCAGAAGGAGCGACGGAGGAUGCGAGGGAAGCUGCCGGAGCUGGAAAGUUGUCUCUCUUCAACUCAGCUGUGCAUUCAUCAGUUGCCGCUGAGCAAACUUUUCUGAGAGAGGAAGGGGUGGGGGUGGGGGGCGGGGGACACUCAAAGGGUGAGAAAACACACCUCACCCCACUUGCCUCCCUGUGAACUCCCUGUGUUUUAUAAAUCCGUCAGGGCGGAAGCAGCAUCAUCUGUUCACUGGCAGCUACUCAUGUGGCAGGAGGCUCUGUGGACCCGCGGACGCUACCUGCUGGAGAAGAGCGAUGGAGGCGAGGGGGUCGAGGGCUCUGAGAGCCUGGGGGACGGGUGCCCCGGGUUCCAGAGCGAGGUGUGCCUCGAUGACGAGAAGCCUCAGGACUGGCUGUAUGAGUCGUACUACAGAAUGAGCCAGCAGCAUCCGCUGAUCGUGUUCCUGCUGCUGAUCGUCAUGGGAACCUGCCUGGCACUGCUGGCUGUGUUCUUCGCUUCAGGACUGAACACAGAGGAUCACUUGGCAUUCCUGAUCACAGUGCCCACUGCUCUCUUCCUCUUCCUCUCCAUCUUCAUCCUCGUCUGCAUCGAGUCUGUCUUCAAGCGGAUGUUGCGCCUCUUCUCUCUGCUCAUAUGGGCCUGUUUGGUGACCAUGGGCUACCUGUUCAUGUUCUCGGGGGGCAAACUCAGUCCGUGGGACCAGGUGUCGUUCUUCCUGUUCAUUGUUUUUGUUGUCUACACCAUGCUGCCCUUCUCCAUGAAAUGGGCUGUCACUGCCAGCGGUAUAACCUGCCUCUCACACACCAUCACCCUCUGCAUCUGCCUGACCUCCACUGUCACAGAACUGGAACCUCUAAUCUGGCAGAUCCUGGCCAAUGUGAUCAUCUUCACCUGUGGAAACCUGGCUGGGGCGUAUCACAAGCAUCUCAUGGACCUGGCCCUCAAACAGACCUACCAGGACACCUGCAACUGCAUCAAGUCACCAAUUAAACUGGAGUUUGAGAAGCAUCAACAGGAGCGUUUGCUGCUGUCCCUGCUGCCGGCUCACAUCGCCAGAGUGAUGAAAGCUGAGAUCAUCCAGAGGCUGCAGGGACCAAACUUUGGUCGCACCGAGAGCACCAACAACUUUCACAACCUCUACGUGCAACGGCACACCAACGUCAGCAUUCUCUAUGCAGACAUUGUGGGCUUCACCAGGCUGGCCAGUGACUGCUCUCCAGGUGAACUCGUUCACAUGCUGAAUGAACUUUUUGGCAAAUUUGACCAGAUUGCAAAGGAGAACGAGUGCAUGCGCAUCAAGAUCCUAGGCGACUGUUAUUACUGCGUGUCCGGACUGCCCGAGUCGCUGCCUAACCACGCCAGGAACUGUGUGAAGAUGGGCCUGGAUAUGUGUGAGGCCAUCAAAAAGGUCCGAGACGCCACCGGAGUUGACAUCAACAUGCGCGUUGGCGUUCACUCUGGAAACGUCCUGUGUGGAGUGAUCGGCCUCAGGAAGUGGCAGUACGACGUGUGGUCACAUGACGUAACAUUAGCCAAUCACAUGGAGGCAGGGGGAGUGCCAGGGAGGGUCCACAUCUCUUCAGUGACGCUGGAGCAUUUGAAAGGCUCGUACAAGGUGGAGUCUGGAGAUGGACAGAGUAGAGAUUCCUACCUGAAAGAACAUAACGUCAUCACCUACCUGGUCAUCAACCCCAAGACGGAGAGGUACAGCCCACUGCUUGGCGUGCGUUCCCGACCCUCUCUGGAUGGUGGGAAAAUGAGGGCGUCUGUCAGGAUGACCCGAUACCUAGAGUCCUGGGGAGCAGCCAAACCCUUCGCUAAUCUCCACCAUCGAGACAGCAUGACUGCAGACAAUGGCAAGAUCAACACUACGGACGUUCCCAUGGGACAGUACCAUUUCCAAAGACGAGAGAGAUCCAAAUCUCAGAGGAGAAGAUUCGAGGAAGAACUCAACGAACGAAUGAUUCGCACCAUCGAUGGCAUCAACUCACAGAAGCAAUGGCUGAAGUCUGAGGACAUCCAGAGGAUCUCAUUGUUCUUUCACAACAAAGCUCUGGAGAAGGAGUACAGAUCCACCACAUUACCUGCCUUCAAGUACUAUGUCACCUGCGCCUGCCUCAUAUUCUGCUGCAUUUUCGUAGUGCAGGUCCUCGUCUUGCCCAAAACUGCUGUGCUGGGGAUCUCGUUUGGCCUGACAUUCCUGUUGUUGGCUUUGAUUCUGCUCCUUUGCUUCGCUGGUCACAUUCUGCAUGGAGGGAAAGGUUCUUUCUGCCCUCUCCCAUGGUUCCCCACUUCCUCUCGCAUCAUUGUCACCAACAACCCUUGGCUACGACUGGUCCUCACCAUGACAACCACCGCUCUCAUACUGGUGAUGGCUGUGUUCAACAUGUUCUUCAUGGAGGAUUCUGGAGGACCUGGGGACAACAUCCUGCCAACUGCUCCCCCUGUGAAUCUGACUAACAACAGCCUGUCAGACAGCGGAGGAAAAGAGGGAGAUAAAAACAAGUUUUACCUGCCAUACUUUAUCUACUGCUGCAUUCUGGGCCUGGUCUCCUGCUCCGUGUUCCUGAGGAUUAACUACGAGCUGAAGAUGGUGGUAAUGCUGGUUGCCGUGGUGAUCUACAACAUCAUCAUCCUCCAGACUAAUGCCUCCCUUCUGGAUGGGUUUAGCAAAGCCAUGUACUCUACUGAUACACUGGAUCGACCAGGUGUCCUGAAGGAUCUAAAGACCAUGGGUUCUGUUUCGUUGUUCAUCUUCUUCAUCACUCUCCUGGUUUUAGCCAGACAGAAUGAGUAUUACUGUAGGCUGGACUUCCUGUGGAGGGACAAGUUCAAGAGGGAGUGUGAGGAGAUCGAAACCAUGGAGAACCUGAACCGAGUUCUGCUGGAGAACGUCCUACCAGCUCACGUCGCUGAACACUUCCUGGGACGAAACUGGAAGAAUGAGGACCUUUAUCAUCAAUCAUACGAGUCGGUGUGUGUGAUGUUUGCCUCCAUCCCGGACUUCAAAGAGUUUUACACCGAGUCUGAUGUCAAUAAGGAAGGACUGGAGUGCCUCCGACUUCUCAACGAGAUCAUAGCAGACUUUGACGAGCUGCUGUCCAAACCGAAGUUCAGCGGAGUGGAGAAGAUAAAGACUAUCGGCAGCACCUACAUGGCUGCAACUGGACUCAAUGUGACGCCAGGACCAGAGAGCGGACAGGAACAUGACAGGCAGUACAUGCACAUAGGCACAAUGGUAGAAUUUGCCUUUGCUCUGGUUGGGAAGCUAGACGUCAUCAACAAACACUCUUUCAAUGACUUCCGACUCCGAAUUGGAAUAAACCAUGGGCCGGUGAUUGCAGGUGUCAUUGGAGCCCAGAAGCCUCAGUAUGAUAUCUGGGGUAACAGUGUUAAUGUGGCCAGUAGGAUGGAGACCACUGGGGUUCUGGGGAAAAUACAGGUAACAGAGGAGACAAGUUCAAUCCUAACUAAUCUAGGGUACAUGUGUUCAUGCCGUGGCAUCAUCAAUGUUAAAGGCAAAGGAGACCUGAAGACUUACUUUGUUCACACGGAGUUAACCAGAUCUCUAUCACAAGGGACUGUGAUGCCUUGAGCGUGCCACACUAACUGAACAAACGGACUUGAAAACACAACAUUGCACAAAGUGGCAUGUUGUCACGCUCUGAAAGUUAAACCCACUACAAGCAGCCAGCAGUACAAUGGACUGACAAUUGUCAAGAACCACUUUUUUUCCUAGUGACCCUGCGUAGAUCACUGCCAAGGUGCACUACCACAGUCCUUCAAUGCUAUCCUAUUGGUGUUUUUCUCCUCUCAAGUGUAACAAGGACUUCCCUCCAAGGAGUCUCUUCACCGUCUACAGGAGUGCCUGACUAAAGAGAGGUUGGGUAAAUUAGUGCAGCUCUCAAGGACUGCAGUCACCUGUUUGUAAAAUAGUAGUGGAGUGGAGAGAAUUUCUCAUGCUGGUGUUGCAGUGCUUCACGGCCUUAUACUUGAGCAAACUGAGCUGCCUGUCGAGCAGUUAUUUUUAUUUAUUUCUCUUUUUUUAUCUCUGCCAGGAUGGCAAGGAGAAUAUUUCAUUCCAUUUCAGUCCAAAUGGUUGUUACAAUAGUUUAUUGUCAUAUAGAACUGUUAAUGCAACACAUUGCCAGCGCAGUGGGUUAGUGUGCCAAAAACCUGUGAUUGUAUUUAUAGCUUCAUAGCUGCAUUUGUAUCCCACUGCAGCAUGUGGAAUCAGUCAAUCAAGAGGGAAUGUUUUCUUUUAACGUUUCAUCUGGAGCCAAACCAAGAGCAUGGGUGUAAAUGUUCAUUGUCAUCACUUUGUUAAUCAUUAAACAUUUGUAUACAAGUUUA